AUGGGGUUUGAAAGGUGGGUUUUACUUCCUUCUGCGGAGAAGGCGUUCAAGGAGGCCACCGUUGUGUUCCUCGGAGCAGUUCUUAGCGUGAUCGGAGAUAAACUGGUCGACGCAUAUUUACAUGUGCACGUCGCCAAGGACUUGUGGGAGGCGCUCGAAUCUAAGUUCGGGGCCGCCGAUGCUGGGAGCGAGAUGUAUAUUAUAGAGCAGUUUCACGAUUACAAGAUGGUUGAAAACCGUCCUGUAUUGGAGCAGGCUCAUGAGAUAAUAUGCAUUUUUAAGGAGCUUGAGCUUCUUAAGUGCGAGUUACUGGACAAAUGUCAUUGGCCAUCUCGAGGGAUGAUGGUGAAUGCGUGGGCGACCUCGAGGGACCCGUGGUACUGGAAGGACCCGGAGGAGUUCUCGCCGGAGCGGUUCGAGGAGGACGGUGCCGUCGACUUCCACGGGCUCCACUUCGAGUUCACACCGUUCGGGGCCGGGAGGAGGAUGUGCCCCGGGUACAACUACGGGCUCGCCGGCAUGAAGCUCACUCUGCUGUAG